AUGAUGCCCUUCCUCCCGCUGCUACUGGUCCUAGCCGGGUUGACGAUUUUCUUCUCGAAACGCAAGUGCAAGGCAAUCGAGAAGCGUGAGUCACAUACGCCGCCUGUCGUGGUCAAGGGACAUACCUAUUUCGAUAGCGUAGAGGAUGUUCAAAUUCAGCCUGUGGUGAGGACGGAGAGGGUCAAGUACGCUCGGUGCGUGUGUGUAAUCGGUGCCGGGUACAUGGGUGCCUUGACGGCGAUCGUCCUGGCGUCACAAAAUCCACAUAUUCCGUUUCAUGUUGUCGAUAGUGAUGAGCAACUGAUUGCGGCGUGGAACUCGGAUCGAGUGCCGGUUCCUGAGCCUGGACUGGAAGAGAUGCUAUUUGAAGAUGCCACAGAAUCCAGUCCUACGCAGAACGGUGCAGUCGAUCAAGAUUCAGAAUUUGGGGCGUUUGUUUCGCAGCUACCACGCGCCAGAAAGCUCAAGAAUAUCAACUUCUCGACGAACGUGCAUGCCGGCGUCACCGUGGCCGAUCUGAUCUUUCUCUGCGCCGAGGCCCGAUCAUCCACAAAGAGUGAAGAGUUGCAUGGUCUAGACCUCUCCCAUAUACAAUCCGCUCUCCAGGCCAUUGCGCAAGUUUCAACAGGACAUAAGAUCAUAGUCCAGAAAGCCGCCGCACCAUGUGCCUCACCAUCCGCAUCAUUCGAUGUUCUAUCCAACCCUGACUUUGUGGUUCCCGGUUCUGCCCUCCGUGACCUCUUAUAUCCCCCGAGGAUUGUCAUCGGACACGUCUAUUCUGAGGAUAUGUCCCCCGAAGCUCUGACAGCGGUGAGACGGCUAUACACGCCCUUUGUUUCAGAGGAGAGAAUCAUCACCAUGGACGCAUGGUCGGCUGAGCUGUCCAAACUCGUUGCCAGUGCGCUUCUGGCUCAGCAGAUCACCAGUUUGAACUCGUUGAGUCUGCUCUGCGAAUCCACCAACGCGAAGAUCAACCAUAUCACCCAAAUUCUGGGACUAAGCCAGCGUGCGGGACUAGGGUUUAGUGCCUCACAACGAGUGGAUCUACUGUGUCUGGUGUAUUUGGCUCGAGAGCUGGGGAUGUCUGACAUCGUGGACUAUUGGGCGAGUGUCCUUCGCAUGAAUGAACUUCAGCCGGCAUGGAUGAUCCAGAGGGUAGUUGGUCGGAUUUCAGGAGCUCUUGUCGAGAAGAAAGUGGCGCUGUUGGGGAUGACAAGUAAACACAUGGGUGAUAUGUCCGGUGUUAUUGGUCUGGUGCGUGAGUUGACGCAGAGAGGUGUUGAAAUACGCAUCUUUGAGCCAUAUUUCAACUGGACUGAUCAAGGACUCUGUAUUUCCGAUGCUCGGAAAGGAUUUAUUGUGGCCAAUUCCGCGGAGAUGGCCUGUAUGGACUGCCAUGCCGUGAUGGUAAUUACAGAUCGGGAAGAGUUCGGGCCAGACCAGGUGCGAUGGCAAGGCAUUGCACGUCACAUGAAGACGCCAAAGUUGCUGGUGGAUCUGAGUGGUCGGUUCGACCAGCUUCAAAUGCAACAGUGGGGUUUUGAUCUGUUGGAUGUGUAG